CUCGCACUUCCGUGUUUUGACGUCACGCGUAGUUACACCAAGCCAAAUUACAGAAAAAUAUGGGGUUGUUAGCAUUGUUACGGAAGUUAAAAUCAGGUGGGGAAAAGGAGAUGCGAAUCCUACUAUUGGGGUUGGACAACGCUGGGAAGACAACUAUUCUUAAAGCCCUUGCAUCUGAGGACAUAAGUCACAUAACGCCUACACAGGGUUUUAAUAUAAAAACAGUGCAAUCAGCUGGAUUCCGGCUAAACGUAUGGGAUAUUGGGGGGCAGAGAAAAAUUAGACCUUACUGGAAAAACUACUUUGAAAACACUGAUGUAUUGAUAUAUGUUAUAGACAGUUCAGACCGGAAGAGAUUUGAAGAGACAGGACAGGAGUUGAAUGAGUUGCUGGAGGAGGGCAAGUUGAGUGGUGUGCCUCUGCUGGUAUACGCUAACAAACAGGACCUGGUGAAUGCUGCCUCCGAAAAAGAAGUCGCAGAGGGGCUCGAUCUUAAUGGAAUCCGGGACCGAUCUUGGCAGAUACAGUCCUGCAGUGCUCUCACCAACGAGGGUGUUAAGGAUGGCAUGGACUGGGCAAUGAAAGUGAUGUCAUCAAGUAAAGGCAAGAAGAAGUGAUGACCAGUCCACCCUAGUCACAGUCUACAAUAUGUAUUUGCCUGUACUUUCUCAACUAAACAUCCCUACUUCCUCUCAUUCCUCAGAUGUUCACUGUGUGCUAGUGAAUCAGAGUUGGAGAAGUCAACCCGGAUAAAUUCAUUGUUAAAUUUGCAUUGAUCUUUGAGUUUUAAUACUUUUUUUUCAAAAAACACCACAUUUUCAUUUGUUAUAGAUAGUGUUGUAAUUGUGCUAUUGAAUUACACAAGAUCCUUGUUUUCAGCUGUUUCUUUAUCUCAUGUUCAGCAACAAGAAUCAAGCCAUAAAUUGCAUUGUCAAGCAUAAGAAUCUUUUACACUUUGGAACUUACCUUGUCUAUAUCUUACUUAGUUUAUUUUUCUUGACAAAACUCUUAUUUAAAAAACACAUUUAUUCCUGGUUAUGUUUUUAUGCAUUACACAUUUCAAUCAAGGCAAUGGAACAACGUAAUGUUACACCCUCCACAUUUAUAUCACUUUGUACUUAAACUACAACUAAUCAUCUAACUACAACUAAUCAUCUACAUCAACAUUUUUACAUUCAUUAUGAACUGAGAUAAGAUUUGUGUUUUACAUGAUAGACGACAGACAUGUAUGAAGUGUAUGUACUUUUUUCAUUUUAAGCAGUUAAUUGUUAAUUGGUUCAGAAUAUCAGAUGGGCGAUUGUUGCUGUUUCAUUAUGGAUCAUUUGCCCAAUUUUGUACACAGGAGAGAUUUACAACAGUAGAACUCAAGGUACAAAACUGCUACUAUGAUGCUUCAUGGAACUGCCUCCACCGGUGCAUUAAGAAAAACUACUCUAUUGUUCAUUUUGCCCUUUUUCUGUGCAUUUACAGUCAAAAAUACCUAUGUACUUUUAUGUACAAUGUGUUACAGUUCCCAUGACUUGCUGUGGACUAACAGCUUGUCAAGGGAUGCAAUACAUAAAGGCAGGUUUAAAAUGUGACCUACUGGCCUACUGAUUGAUUGACCACUAUUGAUUGGUCAUUUAGACUUAAGCCACAUGAACAGUUCACAGACAAGUUAUUGAUGAUGGCUCUGGCGCAUUUCAAUUACUCAUUUAGUGGUAUGCUAUUUGUUCAUGGUAAUUUUUUUUUAUAGAAUUCCAAUCUUUAUCAUCUUUGCAAUUAUUCUUUAACUUGUUCAUAAAAUAAUAUUAUAUUUUUACUUGAACACAAAUAUCUGAAAAUGCACGUGCUAUUUUCGUAAAAGCAGUCAAAAAUGUUAUAUCGUUCAGCAAUUGAUUUAUACAUGUUAAGUUGUGUCUUGUAUAAGUUAUGAAAUGACUGGAUAGCUAAUAGCCUUAGGCCUAAUUUGCAUAUAUUAUGUAUUUUUCAAAUUGAUCAUUGGAUUUUCCGCUUGUCUAUAUGUGCCAAUCAUAUAUCAGUGACAAAUCUUACUGUAUGUAUGCUACAUGUAUGUACAUAUUUGUACAUUUUUAGCUCGACUAUUCGAAGAAUAAAGAGGGCUUUACUACUCGCCCUGGUGUCAGCAUCGCCGUCCGGUUAAAGUUGUGGGGCAGGUUGGGAUUUUCUUUUAUAACCACAAUACCCUUUAUUCCUUUUACUCAAUACUAGUAGUUGUUCAGGGUCAUCACAUAAUAAGGUUAGAUAACUCCAUAUUAUCCUUGGGAUAUUUAUAAAUAACUUCUAUAGCUUCAUUCAAUAGACUUAACACUUCACACAGUUGUUCAGGACCAUCACACAGUAAGGUUACAUAACUCCAUACAAUAAGGUUACAUAACUCCAUUUUAACCCUAAAAUACAAAUUAUGGCCUUUGAUUGAUUUUUACAAAAACAAAAAUAUAUGUAUAUAUAUUAUUUCUUUUGACAGGCACAUUUUUAUAUUCUUCACCAGGUUUUUAUAAAGGGAAAUCAAGUUAUUUGAAUGACUUGCGUCAUUGUUCGGACGGACUGGUGGGAGGGCAGCAUCAAACUCACCUUAUGUAUCGAUUAAUUUUAGCUAAGUAUGACAUAUAGUGACCAAACUUGUAAUAUAGGAAGAGUUUAUAGAGACCUUUCAUGGGAAUGGGUUUAAGGCCCCUAGGAUCAAGGUCAAAGUUACUAUUAAUAGAAAAAUGGUUGUUAUUGAAUAUAUGUAAGGGUCAACAUAUUGUUACCAAACAUGAUAUAUAGGAAGAGUUUAUAGAGACCUUUCAUGGGAUUGUGUUUUGGACCCUGAGAGUUAUGGUCUAGGUCAAGGUCACUGUUAGUACUGAAUAACUUUAGUAAGGGUUGACAUAGUGUGACCAAUCUUGGUAUAUAGGACAAGUUUACGGAGGACUUCCAUGGGAUUGUGUUUUGGGCCUCUAGGAUCACGGUCACUGUUACAAAAAAUAGAAAGCAGUUGAAACUGAGUCUCUUCUGCCAAUCAUUAAAAACCUGGUUUUGUCACAUCGCGGUUCUUGUUUACUUUUUAAUUAGAUUUUUUUAUUGCUUUUGACAGGCAAUUAUUACAUAAUUAUUGUACUCACUGUUAAUUCUAAUUCAAAGCAGCAUAGUCAAGCGCGCUGUCUUACGACAGCUCCUGUUUCAAAUGCUAACCAGAAAUCAAAGUAUAACGACAUCAGGGAAUUAUGUGAUGUGUCCCAGCAUUUAUUUAAAUAGGACUCGUUUAUUCAAUGAUUAGUGAUCUGUCCUGUCAUUUUACCCACUGUAUUGAACUUUUGUCUGUUAAUUUAACAUGUACUAUUACUAGGUAAAGUUUCCGUCCUCAGAAAAUGCACACAUAUCAUUCCUUUUAUAAAUGAAACUAUGCUUUCAUCAGGUGUAACAAAAAUAUGUUGGUUUCCUGAUGCACACGAUUUGGUGGGGGGGGGGUUGUGUCAGAAGCCCUAUAAAUUCCUCUGUGUUAUAACUUUUUUUUUUUUACAGAAUGCAGUUGAUCUAUGGUAAAACUUCAUUAACAAAUUUAUAUUCUUACUUAUUCUGCGUAUUUCAGUUUGGAUAUCAAGGUUAUUGGUAUAUAGAAAAAAACAAACUCCAACAGUCUGACCUAUGUAUGUAUAGUUCAAGGGAAACCAACAUAUUAUUGCCUUAUUGACCAGCAAGAAGAUUUGUAUAAUUAUUUGAUAUUUUGUCUUGUAUUCAAAUACAGAUUUGAAUCUUCAAA